UAAUUAGGGCAAACUUCUGCAAAACAGAAGAAAAAAUAUAACAAAGUAACGACAGUGCCGCCGUAAGCUCCUUUGCAAGACUGCCAAUGAUGGCAAAAUUUUGUAAAUCUUCCCAAUUAACUUUUCUGAGUGAAUAUCUCUCGCAGGAUGCCAAGUUUUAGAAUACCUUGAUAUUUAUAUCUACCCGUUUGACUAUUUAUUAUUAGUAUUCGUGUAAAACGAUAUUUGGUUCUAUCAUUGGCACCCGAAAGAUAAAGAAUUUAUUAGAAAUGGAAGACAACACAAAGAAAGGAUUAGAAGGGACGGGUCUAGCGCUACCAGCAAAUCGCCAUGGAAACUUGAAGAGUGCUUCUACUGAUCAAGAUUUCCUUGAUAUUCUUCAUCAAAUCAAAGUUUCCAAGUCUCCUGCAGUUAUCAAUUAUGGCGCCUCAUGGUGUAGAGUGUGUAGCCAGAUCCUGCCCGCGUUCUGCCAUCUGAGCAACAAGUUCCCAAAGCUUUCUUUUAUAUAUGCAGAUAUUGAUGAAUGUCCUGAAACAACUCAGCAUGUUCGCUAUACACCGACGUUUCAAUUUUAUCGUGAUGGUGAAAGAGUUGAUGAAAUGUAUGGAGCGGGAGAGGAGCGGCUCCAUGAUCGCUUGUGGCUGCAUUCUUGAAAUGUUGUUUCAGCAUUCGUCUUAAUCCUUUGUCUAUUUAUGUAAAAAAUUUAAAUUAUCAACAUCGUAGAUGCUCUGAGCAUUCCAAUUUUAAUGAGUUCUGUAGUCUAUGAACUUGCAUAUGUGAUAAUAAAAGCAAACAUUCAGUAUAA